UGGGCGAGCCGGGAUGGGCGGUGGACGCGCGACGUGAUCAGCCUGCACGCGGAACCACGCCACCGCCGGCCGCACCAUCUCAAGAGUCUGCUCUGUGGGUGCGGGCGCGCACCGGACGCUGACCCGGCCAGAGCAUGCGGGGUGCGGGGUGGGCGGCCCGGAGGCGCGUCGGGCAGCAGUGGCCACGGUCCCCCGACCCUGGGCCGGGCCCGCCCCCGUCGCCGCCGCCACCGCUGCUGCUGUUGCUGCUGCUACUGCUGCUGCUGGGCGGCGCGAGCGCACAGUACUCCAGCGAUUUGUGCAGCUGGAAGGGGAGUGGGCUGACUCGCGAGGCACACAGCAAGGAGGUGGAGCAAGUGUACCUGCGUUGCUCAGCAGGCUCUGUGGAGUGGAUGUACCCAACUGGGGCGCUCAUUGUUAACCUACGGCCCAACACCUUCUCACCUGCCCAGAACCUGACUGUGUGCAUCAAGCCUUUCAGAGACUCCUCUGGGGCCAAUAUUUAUUUGGAAAAAACUGGAGAACUGAGACUGUUGGUGCGGGACAUCAGUGGUGAACCUGGCCAGGUGCAGUGCUUCAGCCUAGAGCAAGGAGGCCUGUUUGUGGAGGCAACACCUCAGCAGGACAUCAGCAGGAGGACCACAGGCUUCCAGUAUGAGCUGAUGCGUGGCCAGAGGGCCCUGGACCUGCGUGUGGUUUCUGCCCCAUGCCGGCCUUGCAGUGACACGGAGGUCCUUCUUGCCGUCUGCGUCAGUGACUUUGUGGUCCGAGGCUUCAUCCAGGAUGUCACCCAUGUGCCAGAGCAGCAAGUGUCAGUCAUCCACCUGCGGGUGAGCAGGCUCUACCGGCAGAAGAACAGGGUCUUCCAGCCUGCUCCUGAGGGCAGUGGCCACUGGCUGGGCCGUGUCACAACACUGCUGCAGUGUGGAGUACGGCCAGGACAUGGGGAAUUCCUCUUCACUGGACAUGUGCACUUUGGGGAGGCCCAGCUUGGAUGUGCCCCGCGCUUCAGUGACUUUCAAAGGGUGUACAGGAGUGCAGAGGAGAGGGCCAUCAACCCCUGUGAAAUCAACGUGGAGUGACUUGCAAGGGUGACAGAGUAUGGCUCUCCCUCAGAUGAGCCACAGUUUGUGGUCUCAGUCACUCUAUCAAAUCCUGAUAGAGGCUGCAGGCUGGUGGCAUGGGCCCAGCCUGGUGCUUGAACUGGGAAGCUACACGCUGCUCUGACCCCAAUAGGGCCCAGCCAAGGACUCUCUGACCCAUUCAUUGGAAAUGCUGUAAAAUGCAAACUAAGUUAUUAUAUUUUUUUGUAAAA